GAAACCCGGAACAAAAGAAAAAUAACAAAAACACGUGUUUGUUUUUUGGGGUUUUCUUGUUUAUUAAAGUCUCAUUUCAAAGCGAAAACAUACGUAACCGGUAGAGCAUCAACAGCUGUGUGCAUGACGUCAUGCCGAGCAGCAUUCCUGAGGUUGGGAGAGGUUGUGGUCGGCAUGGCAACCUGCCAGGUGCGUCACAGGUAGGUGUGGCUCUGGUUUGACAGCAGAUCAACAACCAGAAGACUUCCUGGUCUGAUAUUCCUCUCUGGACGCUUCUGCAGCAGAGAACACUUUCUUUGCAGAGCAAUAACUUCCUUGACAGUGUAACCUGUUAAAAAAGGCAUGAUGGUGAACUGCUGUGGUCUGCUCAAUGCCAAUAAGGAACCAGUUCCUCUGAAGAGCGUGGAGGUGGAGCUGGAGGUGAAGGACCAUGUGGCUACUGUGGUCUCCACUCUGAACUAUGAGAACAAGGAGGACAAACCACUAGAGGCAGUUUUUGUCUUCCCUCUGCCUGGAGAUGCUGCCGUCUGUCACUUCAGUGCGAAGAUUGGACAGACGCAGAUUGUAGCUGAGGUGAAGGAGAAACAAAAGGCUCGUGAGGAGUAUGACGAUGCUUUGAGCUCCGGUCAGCAGGCCUUCCUGUUGGAGGAGAGUGAGCAGAGUCCAGACAUCUUCUCUCUGAGUGUGGGCAGUCUGCCUCCAGGAGAGAGCGCCUCCAUCAGGCUGGAGUACGUCACUGAGCUGGCUGUGCAGGCUGAUGAAGGGCUGAGGUUUUGUCUGCCUGCUGUGCUCAACCCUCGCUACCAACCUCAAGGGAGUGAAGGUAGUGGAGGUGGCAACGUUCAGGUGACCUCUGUUCCAGCCUCUCUGGUGCCCUACAGUCUGUCUUUCUCUGCCCGAGUGUCCGCUCCUCGUCCAGUCUCUAAAGUAGAGUCCAAAUGUCCCCUGGACCCUCUCCAGUACCUCAACACAGAGCAAACCCAGGCCACGGUCAAGUUGGCUGCAGGACACAAGUUUGACAGAGAUGUUGAACUGCUGAUUUAUUACAAAGAUGCCCACCAGCCCACUGCUGUGGUGGAGGCAGGACAGGCCUCUGCCAAGCCUGGCACUCUGAUGGGUGAUCCAGUAGUGAUGCUGAGCAUAUACCCUGAGUUCUCCAAGGCUGUGAUGUCUUCAGUCGCCUCAUGUGGAGAGUUUGUGUUCUUAUUGGAUCGAUCUGGCAGUAUGCACGGGCCACGUAUCAAGAGUGCCAGGGAUACUCUGCUGCUCCUGUUGAAGAGCUUACCGAUGGGCUGCUAUUUCAACAUCUACAGUUUCGGGUCCGGCUUUCAACACAUCUUCCCUAAGAGUGUGGAGUACGGCCAGAAGACCAUGGAGGAAGCUCUGAUAAAAGUUGAGGAGAUGGAGGCUAAUCUGGGAGGAACAGAGAUCCUUCAGCCCCUCAAAGGCAUUUACAGCCAGCCCUGCAUUCCCAAUCAACCUAGACAACUAUUUGUCUUUACUGACGGAGAGGUGGGGAACACCAAAGACGUUAUAAAUCUGGUGAAGACGAAUUCAGGUUCCCACAGGUGUUUCUCUUUUGGGAUUGGGGAAGGGGCCAGCUCUGCUCUUAUCAACGGGUUGGCCAAGGAAGGAGGAGGUCACGCUCAGUUCAUCACAGGGACUGACAGGAUGCAACCCAAAGUGAUGCAGUCGCUGCGUUUUGCUCUGCAACCAGCUGUGGUGGACAUCUCAGUCACCUGGGAUUUGCCAAAAGGAGUUUCUGUCACUGCUCUCUCUCCACCAAUCACAGCACUUUUCCAGGGUCAAAGGUCACUGAUUUACGCCCAGCUCACUGGAAAGAGCUCAGACGCAGCAGAGGGCUGUGUGACGGUGAAGUACAGCCUGGCAGGUCAUCCCUCUCAGAACCAGCUCCACUUCAAUCUCAAACCUGCAGAGGACACUGGAUUAACAGUCCACAGGUUGGCUGCUCGGACUCUGAUUCGCUCCCUGGAGAUGGAGGAGAGAGAGAGCAGAGGAGAACCAGAGAAAGGAGUGAAGAAGAAGGUGGUGGAGCUCAGUGUCCAAUCAGGAGUGAGCAGUGCCUUCACUGCCUUCAUUGCCGUCAACAAAGGCAACGGCGAGCCGAUUCAAGGACCUCUGGUGCGCAGAAAUAUUCCAACAGCAAUGUUCAUGGCCUGUAGUAUGCCGCAGCAUGUAUAUAGGUCCUCUUCUUUUCAGCCGCAGUUUGAUAUGAUGGCCUGUGGUCCUGUGAUGCAUUCAAAUCGCAGAGCCAAGAGUUGCAAGCCAAAGUUAUUCUCUAAGAUAAAGAAGAAACUUGCUGGUCCCAACACGCCUCCAGUGCCACAGGGUAUGUGUUCUUCCAGUUGGGAUGAUGAAUCUGAGGACAUGUGUUUGGAUACUAAUGGGUUGGAUGCCUAUUCAUUUGACGUGAUGCGUAACAUGUUCCUUGUCCAUGCCGUCACCCAGAGUCCAGCCACCCAGAGACCCUUUGCUGCAGCUGGUCUCCCUCCAGAAGGCGUCUGGCUGCUGGGUGCUAGAUCCAGCUCUGGCUGCUGCACUGGGAAAGACCAGCGAGGAGGUGGAGAAACCCAAGCCUGCAUCGGUGAACCAGGAAGUGUGGGCCACCGUUCUGGCUCUGAUCUGGCUUCAUGGUUUCAAGAUGGAUGCUCAGGAAGAGUGGGAGCUUCUGGCUAUGAAGGCUGUGUCAUGGCUCCGUGCUCAGAACGCAGCAGGUGUGACCGAGUGUGUGGAAGCUGGAAAUACUCUGCUGGGUUGCAGCGUGAAGAAAGACGUCCUGGGAGUCUGAAGUUUUUAUUAAAGUGGCUUCUCUUCAGGAUUGGUACACAGAAGUAGAUUCACUCUCCAUCCUACAACCUUUAUUAACAGUGCCUUGUUUCUUAAUUCUUGCACUAUUCACAUUUAAUUGUGCAGCUGUUUGUUUAGGCCCUUUAAAAUGCAUUGAUUUGACAAAUACUUGGCACUAUUUUAUGUUUUAAAAAAGAAGUUUGCAAUUUGCAUUUACAUCCAUCCAUGUUCAGGAAUGUAACAAAGAGUUGUUGUUGUUGUUUGCUUUAAAGCUUAAUUUCAGGUUGUAUUUGAAUCUGUUUUACUUUAAUAAAUAAAACCUAUAAUUCUGAUAAAAGA